AUGACGAUGUCAAAAGAUCUCAAGUCCGGUCCCAUCAUGAAGCGGAAACGCUCUUCAGAGGGUUCUCGCCCAAGCAAGAAACAUCGAGUCUCCUUCAUCGACGAACAGUUCGGUGGCCCUGAGAUCAGGCGAAUUCCAAGCAACACCUCUUUGCCUGGCAGCUCUUCGCCAACCGCGCUGAAGCGUCGACCCAGCAGUGAGUCUAUCCCUUCGCCUCGUUCUGAAAAGAGCCUCACUCGGACCGAGAAGAUGCUCAGGAUGGCCAGGCCUGAAGGGUCACCUCGAAUGCGCCCGCUUCCGCCCUCGAUUCCGGAGCCGACUACUAACGAUCGCGAAGCCGCCUAUAAUGCUAUCAAGGAGGCGAUCAACGCGAACAUCGAAAACGUCACUGACGAAGAUCGACUUUCGCUGAUCACCAGAAUUAGUCGCCGAAAACGACGAACCAGUUCUUCCAACUUGGGGCAAAGUUAG